AUGCACAUUAUCUAUCUAUCUAUCUAUCUAUCUAUCUUUUGCAGAUUUACCAUAUUUAAUUAUCAGCACCUGUUCUUAUCCUCCCUCUUUUUAUACAGUUUGUAUCUAAUUAUAUUCCUUUUUUCUUUCUUUCUAUUUCAAUCUGUUCCCAUUUAUCUCUCUAUCUAUCCCAAUCUGUUCAUAUCUCUCUCUCUCAAUCUGUUCGCAUCUAUCUAUCUAUCUAUCUAUCUAUCUAUCUAUCUAUCUAUCUAUCUAUCUAAAUCCAUUUUUUGUUCAUUAUCUAUCUAUCUAUCUAUCUAUCUAUCUAUCUAUCUAUCUAAUUUGGAUCACUAUCUAUCUAUCUAUCUAUCUAUCUAUCUAUCUAUCUAUCUAUCUAUGUUCAUAUUUUAUUCUAUCUAUCUAUCUAUCUAUCUAUCUAUCUAUCUAUCUAUCUAUCACAAUAAUAAUCUAUCUAUCUAUCUAUCUAUCUAUCUAUCUAUCUAUCUAUCUAUCUAUCUAUCUAUCUAUGUGUAUGUGUUCAUAUGUAUCUAUGUAUAUGUCGGUAUGACUGGCUGGAUAGAUCUAUCUAUCUAUCUAUCUAUCUAUCUAUCUAUCUAUCUAUCUAUCUAUCUAUCUUUUUUUUUUUUUAAGCAUUAG